AUGAGUAAACCCGUGCUUGCUAUUAUUGGAUCCGGCUGGGGCGGCUUCACGCUGUCUCAAAAGGUGUCUCUCGAGCGAUUCAGUUUGAAAGUCAUUUCCCCAGUACGCACGAUUCAAUACACACCUCUCCUGGCCAGCGCAGCAUGCGGUCUCUUCAACUUCCGCCUGGCAGAAGAGCCCAUUAGGAGAAAACACCGCACCGACGUCGAGUAUUAUAAAGCAGUUGCGCUUGACAUCGACUUCGACAAACGUGUGAUCCGAUGCAAAACAGCAGCAGAAGUUGAUGGAGAGGACCCAAAACACUUUGAUGUCGAGUACGAUAAACUCUGCAUUGCACCUGGCUGUGACAUCCAAGAUUUCGGCACGCCAGGCGCCAAGGAACAUGCUCUAUUCUUGAGGACGACAAAUGAUGCCCGGCUACUCCAGCAGCGCCUCCUUGAAAUGCUGGACCAGGCUUCCCUGCCCCACAUUCUCCAGGAUCCUCAGAAACAACGCGAUAUUCUCAACAUUCGCAUUGUGGGCGGCGGCGCCAUCGGCAUCGAGGCAGCCGCUGAGCUCUUCGACCUGUGGAACGAGGAUAUGCGGUUUCUCUUCCCUCACCUCGACGGAAAGCUCACCAUAACCAUUCACGAUGUGGCAUCGUCGAUCCUAACCACUUUUGAUCAACACUUGGCCGAGUAUGCCACCGAUUCUUUAACCAAAGGCAAGGACAAUAUCGUAAAGAUAAAGACGGGCUCGCACAUUGAGGGAGUCGAUGCCGGCGCGAUCUACACCAAAGAAGAUGGGCGCCUCCCAUACGGUGUUCUAAUCUGGGCAACUGGAAACAAAGUCAGCAAGCUUGUGGAAACAUUGUCGGAUCGCAUCAAGCUUCCCGAGAAGGGGCUGCCGAGAAUACUGACGGACAAGCACCUUCGUGUUCUGCGCCCGGACGGAACUCCCAUGGAUAGCGUGUACGCUCUGGGCGAUGCAGCGGAUAUCAAGGGAGAAUCGCUGCCUACUCUGGCUGAAGUGGCACUGCAAAAGGGCGAGUACCUGACCAAGGUUUUCAAUGACCACGGCACCGGUGACUCUGCAGAAGCACCUCCGUUUCAGUAUCAGCAACGUGCGCUUUUGGCGUAUCUUGGACGGCAUGACGGAAUCAUUGGAGGGAAAGAAGACUGGACUGGGGCCUCGGCCUGGCUCGCGUGGCGCUCGGGCUCUCUAGAAUGUAACUCUUUUGGCUUGCAUACCAACUUCCCCGGAGGAACCUCUUCCUUCGAGUGA